AUGUCAGACGACUACAGCAGCACAUUCAGAUACAGCGGUGGGUUUGAUCCCACCUUUGACGGCGCCUCCUACAGAAGAAUGCACCGCGAGCUGUAUCCCGGAAGGCGGUGGAGCUCUCCAGUGAAAGACCUUUACGACAAUUACUCAAGCAUGACACCAGAUGUCAACGCAAAGAGAGCGAGAUACGACACGAUGGCAUCCGAAUAUGGCGGGAUAAGCCGGCCGGGGAGACGGACCGAGCUUAUCGACGUCUCGAAUGUGAACAGAGACGGUCAUACGGCUCUCGUUGGGCCAGCAAGAGACUGCGCAACGACAUACCUGGAUUACGCGCGAGGCCGACACAGGUUCUUGGACAAGGAACCGUAUGCAUAUCAGACCCUCGGGGGGCGCUUCGAGCACGAGAGAUAUGCGAGAGACAACUACGCCCUUGCCGGAGCUUUCAGAGAUCGACUGUGGCUCCACGAGCAUGAGGCCGUUGACCAUGCCCCAACCUCCUCUCGUCUUCGCAGUCCAAGCCGCGGCCGUACGUCUCUGGUAUCCACACUCGACGAUCUGCCAGCGACUGGCUACGCAGGCCCGUCUCGCGCCAGCAGAUCCCGUGGCCGCUCUGCAGUACGUCUCGACGAUGUCGAUUUGCGCCUCCGUGACCUGAGCCGCGGACGGACUUUGUCAACUUUCGACGGCGAUCGUCGCCGUAGUUUGAGCCGCCCCGAUCUUUACCGCCGCAGCUCCCGUCACUUCGACUAG